GAACAGACCUGCUCACCAUACAGGACACAAUGUGGCUCACUGUGUUUUACACAUGGGGAAGCCUCUUAGCAUUUUCUGUGUGUGACAUCUGCCCAGAAACCUCAGAGGACGCUGCUUCAUGUGUAAAGCUGAAGCCCCUUGGGCACUGCGGGGACGAGGACAACUUGUGCCCUUAUCAACUCACCCUUCCUCCUCUCUCCAUCCAGCUUCCCAGGCCUUUUAGGGAGCUGGAAAAAAUGGCCAAGGAGCUGCAGAACCUAAAGGAAGAGGUGAACCAGCUGAGGAGGGAUUGCCAAGAAUGUAAGGACAGGCAUAGUAUUGAAAGGGGUGAAUGGAAGGACCACAGCGAAGAAGAGGAAAAGAGACCUCAAAGUCAAAGGCAUAACACCAGCGUCAAGGAGACACAAAGUCAUAGUGGAGAACAGGUGGUCCAGAUCUUCACUUCAACACUACCGCAAAGAGACACAUCAGAAGGUGAAGGAACCGUCAAGGGUGGUGUGAAGAGGCUCCAUCAUUCCAUUCUGGAAAGUCAGAGAUGGAACAUUAAUCCGAGGAUUGAUCUAAACCAAGGCGCCACAGAUCAGAGGUCUCAGAUGAGCAGGGAAGUAAAAAUAUUUAGCCCCUCACUUUACGAGAUACCAGAGGACAUAUCUGAGGUCAAUCUGGUGGUCUCACCUACACCUGAGGAGAAGGAACUCAAGUCUAAGCGAAGUGAAUUAAUAGAACCGUCCCUUCCUAGAAAAAAGGACGAUGUACAGUCCGCAACCCCUGGGAGAUUGCAGUCAAAGAAUCUCAGGGAUGGACAUGUGAAGAACAUUAGUAGCAUCCUGGCGGCGAGAAGAAGAGUAAAGAAUGUGCCUGAUCCGAACAGGUUAAGCGGCAUUUCAAGGGAUGCUAACACUAAGACAAUGGAUUUAAACACAUCAGCUGGGAACAGAAGGGUUGUAAAGUUUCCUGGAGUGGGUGGACCAUUGAGGCCAAAGGGAUCCUACAUAAACAGUAGAGUUAUCAAGGUUAACAAUGAAGAAAGACUGAAGAACCCUGCUUUGGUGAGAAAGACUAAUCCACAAGCGGGGGACAUGACGGUCAAGACUGAGCCAGAAGAGGCUGGAUUUUCCCCAGCAAGAAGUGGCAUUAUGAGGGUAAAAGAAACAAGUCCUCAUAUAGCAAACACAAAAUCUGGGGCAGUCAGUGGACUGAUCCCAUCAACAGAUGACCAAAACAAACAAGACAUCAGUAGGGUUUCUGGUUUCAGAACAGAUGAUGGACAUGGCCUGAAAGAUGCAAGCCAAGUGACUAUAGUUAGGGAGGACAAUUUGAGAAAGGUAAACAAGACCGAGAUUACAAGGCUUCCAACAAAACCGGGUAAAGAAAACCCAGGAGAUGUGAUUCACAUAGCCACAAAUAAGUCAGCCUCUAGUGUUAUGAAACAAGCAGAACAGCCAAACAUAUUUAAAGAGGAACAGCAGCAUGUGGGACUGAGUGAAAGUCUGGUAGUUAUUAGUAGCAGGGCAGAGACUAGUUUCAAAGUGGAUAGAGAGGACUUGCCUUUCCGAGGCAGACAGGUGGAAAAUGAAAAACAUGUAAACCCAAACGCAGAAACUAAUAAUGGACAAAUUGAUUCCACAAUUUUGGAUAAAGUUGACAGCACUUUUAAUGAAAGGACAGUUAAUCCACUGUUUCCAGAUCUUAACGAUAAGAUACAGCCAGGAACAUUCAUUGAAGGGCCAAAAGAGGAAAUUGGUAUUAACUCACUGAGUGCAGGGACUGUAAAGGACACCCCGAGCCACAGCAAAGCCAUCUUGCUGGAAAAAGAUCUGGUGAAGCCUACUCUUGUCCCAACUGUAAAGAGUAAAUCGAUAGAUAGUACACCAAGUAUGACCAGUAGGGUUCAACCACCUGUGGUAGGCCAGGGGAUAAGGAGAAUUUCAAUAACUCCACUCAAAGCAAAAGUUGAAGAGGAACAGCCAAAGAAUAACAAGAACAUCAGCAAGAUACAUGAAGUAAGUCAAGACAACAUAAGGUAUGUGAUGUCAAACCCCCCAAGAAGCCCUGAGAUACAUCCAGUAACUUCACCUAAGGACCUCAAACUAAGACAACCUAUUUUUAUGAACAAAAUGUCAGCAAACAGGACUGUUGGAGUUCCUUCGAAGCUAUCCAUCCCAGUCAGAAACAUCAAUAUUGCCAGGAAAAAUGGCACUGGAAUUAUAAAACAAAGUUAUUUAAGGAAGAAGCCAAUCUCUCAAACUGAGACAAAAAUAAACAGUGGCUUGAAGACAAAGGUGACUCAAUUCUUUAGUCCCACUGAUGCAACAUCUACUGUAGAACAAGAUCAAACAGAAGAAAUCAAACACACCCCGCAGGUGAUGAGGUCAAAAUCACAAUCAGAGUCUCAAAAUGCAGGUGAUGUACAAGAUUUGUAUAAGGUUCAAGAAGAUAAGAACCGAAUUGGAGACAACAGUGAGACUGUGUUGAUACCAAACAUUGGGAACCAAGCAGAGGAUUCUAAAACUCAAAGUGGAGCAUCAAAUUCACAUAUUGGUGGGAAAGAAAGCAAGACAUUUAGUUUGGGAACUGCUGAUACCAGCAGUCAACAGCUAUUUGAAGUGGACAAGACCAGCAGUGGGAAAAAAAGGCCAACUGCAUCCACCUUAAGGAAAGAGUUAUCUAAGAAACCAGUAACAACUCAAUUCACAACCUCGACAGUCUCCUUUACGGACACAGACCAUGAAGAUGGUAAAAAAAACAUUCGUACAGUGACAAACACACAUGUUGAAAUGGCUAAAAAUGUCAGUCAGGAUACACCCAUAAGCUUCGAAAAUAUCGGAGCAACAAGAGAACUGGAACUUAUUAAACUUAAUAAAGACAGAGUGGAACAAAACUCUGGGGACAUAUCCAACCCAAAUAGUGCGGACAAAGCCCAAGGUUACAGUGAAGGGACAUACGCAAUUCCAGUUGUUUUGGAAACGCUUACAAAUGUUGAAGAAAUUAAGGGCUCAAAGCUUUUCUCACUCAGCCCUGAGGACACAGCUAAGGGAUUUAAAUCACAUGCAGUCAAUGAUGAGGUAACAGAGCGAGAGCAAGUAGAGAACAAAAACAACAGCACCUGUCUCAGUGAUUGUAACACUACGUCAACCCAACAGUCUACAACCCAGACCAGGCCUCUAUUGGACUCUGGAAGAGAAAAAGGACCUGCACAAGACUGUGCCGAUUACAUUACGAAAUCAAGAAGGAAUGGUGUAUACAGAGUAACGCCACAGCCGAAAAACAGCACGUUUCCCGUUUUCUGUGACAUGGAGUCCUCUGGCGGAGGCUGGACAUUGAUCCAGCAUCGCUUUGAUGGGAGCACAAGUUUCAAUCGCACCUGGAACGAGUACAAGAACGGAUUUGGUAAACUAAUAGAAGAGUUUUGGCUUGGCAAUGACAAGAUUCACUUGCUGACAAAGGCGAAAAACAUGUCAUUGCGAAUAGAAAUCGAAGACUAUGAGGGUGUCAGAGAAUAUGCCCAUUAUGACCACUUCUAUGUGGCCAAUGAAAGCCAACAAUACCGUCUGUCCAUUAGUGGCUACUCCGGUACAGCAGGUAAUGCUAUGCAGUUUAAUAAGAAAUACAAUCAUGACCAGAAGCUUUUCACCACUCCGGAUAGAGACAAUGACCAGUAUCCCUCCGGAAACUGCGGCGCCUAUUACAGCUCAGGCUGGUGGUUUGAUGCAUGCAUGUCUGCAAACUUAAACGGCAAAUAUUAUCAAUCAAAGUACAAAGGGGUACGUAAUGGGAUAUUUUGGGGUACGUGGCACAACAUUACAAUGGAAUAUUAUCCAACCAAAGACAGACAAGCUUUUAAGACUGUUAGAAUGAUGAUAAGACCUAAAAAAUAUGCAAAUUAAUAUUUACCUACCAAUCCUAAAACCUACCAAUUAAAUUAAAUUAAGCUGUGCAAGUGCAAAACGGCAAAUGCUUAAAGUAAAUCGCUACUCUUGUGUUACUGAUUUAGUAAUAGAAAAAUUGUAAUGUCAAAACUUGAAUAAACAUGACAAAUGUUUCUGUAUCUGUUGUUUUUUGAACUGUACACAUAUGGAUUAGCAUACACAACUGAGCCCUUUUGUGUUGCUUUGAAAAUGCUGUAUUGCUAUUUACAGAUUCAGCUUCCGUUUGUUUUUUUUUUUGUAUAUUGUAUUUUUUUUUUUUACUUGCAAACACCAAAAUGUUUGUAAAUCUGGGCCAAUCCAUGACUGUUUAAAUGGAUAUAUUCACAAUAUAUCGUCAUUUUUUUAUACAAAUAUAAUAUUUUACCAGCUGAAUAAAAUAAUUUGUAAUUUUUAUAUUAUUUUCAUUGUAUUCAUUGUUCAUUUUCAAACAUUGUAAUUGUUUUUAUGUAAAUUGUAAACCCCAGAAAAGUACCUUGUACAGAUAAUUCUUUCUAAUAAAAGGAAAUUUCAAUUUCAGUUAAAAAGGAGGAUCAUAAUUACUUAAAAUUAACUAAUAAAUAAAUAACUAAAAUAUCAAUAAUAAAAUAUAACUAUAAAGCAAGCAAUAAUACAAAUUUAGCAAAUUUCCAAUCUCAAAAACAGUUUCUGCUGAAUUGUAACACUUCUGUGUGAUCUUGGAAACAUCUGUAAAUAAAACUAUGAACUUAUGGACUGAACAUCGUCGUAAA